CAGGUUCGCCGCGGAAGUCCAAAGUCCGAGCGAACUUCCAAAAUGGAGCCGACGGCGUCCGUGAAAGUUUUUUUGUGCAAGAAUAAAUCGACGCUGCUGGUCGGCGGUGCAACCGCCGCGGUGUUAGUGGCUUUAGGUGUCGCAUAUAAAUACCUGCGGAGGCCGGUGACGCAUAUGCGCGUGGGCGUCGUGUCGCAGCUCCUUGUCCACCCGCUCAAGUCCGGCAAAGCGGCGUCGGUUCCUCUCGCCGAGUGCCUCAACAUAGGCCUCAAGUGCGGGCAGAUGCAGGAUCGCCACUGGAUGGUAGUGACGGAGGACGGCCACAUGGUGACGGGCCGCCAGGAACCUCGUCUGGUUCUGGUCUCUUUAACAUGCGAGGGAGGUGACGUGAUCCUGAACGGGCCCGAGAUGUCUGAGCUGCGUUUCCCCAUCAAGCAGCUCGAUAACGCCGUCAUGGACUGCAGAGUGUUUGGUGCUGACAUUCAGGGGCGGGACUACGGCGACGAAGCGUCCCGUUGGUUGGUCCGCUAUCUGAAGGCGGAAAAGACCUUCCGCCUGGUGCAUUUUGAAGCCCACAUGAGGGCCAGGAGGUCUGUGGAUGCAGAAUCGCUCUUCUCCCCACAUGAGGAGGUAGCGUACCCCGAUUGCGCCCCGGUUAUGCUCCUGUCCGAAGCGUCCGUCAAGCACCUGAGCGGGAAGCUGAACAAGGACCUGACGGUGGAGCGCUUCCGGCCCAACAUCGUCAUCGGCGACUGCGAGGCGUUUGCCGAAGAUUCAUGGGAAGAGAUCCAGAUCGGUAGCGUUCGUCUGCGGCGGGUGAUGUCAUGCGGGAGGUGCAUUUUCACAACAGUGGACCCCGAAACUGGAAUCAUCAACAGAAAGGAGCCUCUUGAAACACUGAAGAGCUACCGCCUGUGCAAACCCGACGAGAAGCACAUCUACAAGUCGGCACCGCUGUUUGGACAGCUGCUUAGCGUGGAGAAGACGGGCGUGAUCCAGGUGGGCGAUCUUGUCUACAAAAUCAGUCGAUGAAAAAGAGGAGCCAUCAACAAUCCAAUGACACUAAAAAGGCAGAAUCCAUUUUAGAAAAUAUCUCGCUCAUAACCUCAAUGUAAUAUACUGUAUAGUUUAUACAGAGUAAAAUAAACACUUUUUUCACAUCUUCUAUAAGGGUAAAUG